UGUUGGAGGACUAAUCUAGCCUCAACGCAAGCGAUGGAUCUGUUUUCUUAUCCACCUCGAUCUGUUUUGCUGGUCUUCUCUCUUACCCGAUUGAGCCGGUGGAUCAUCGCAUCGAUCCAUAUCGCUUCUCCAGCUAAUUAAGCCAUUGCUGCAGGUGCUCGAUCAUGGCAGCGACAGGGACCGCGACAACGAUUGCAGUUGGACUGCUAGAGCCGCUAGUGGCGUUUUGGAAAGAGUGGGGGAUCUUAGUGCUGGUACUGAUUAGUCUCUCACUGCAAGUGAUCCUCCUUAUCACCGCAGAGAUCCGCCGGCGCAAGGACUCCGGUGUGCUGAAGGUGGUCGUGUGGUCGGCGUACGUACCUGUUGGCCGACACGACGGCGAUAUACGCUCUCGGCCACAUGUCGGUCACCAGCCCGACCUCGCAUGAGCACCAACUGAUGGCAUUCUGGGCACCGUUCCUACUGCUGCAUCUUGGCGGACAGGACAACAUCACCGCCUACUCCAUCGAGGACAAUCGGCUGUGGCUGCGCCACCUGCAGAACUUCUUCGUCCAGGUCCUCGCCGCCGCCUAUGUCCUCUAUCAGUCUUCCAUCGUGGCUCGCCAGACAUUGCUCCGUCCGGCAGCCAUCCUCAUGUUUGUGAUUGGUGUUGUCAAAUACGGGGAGAGAGUGUGUGCGCUCAAGCUUGCCUGCAGCGACAAUAACCUGUCCGGGAAGAACUACCAGAAUUUUGUCAAGAAGGUUAAGAAUGAUUCUGGUGGUGGUGGCGGUGACGGUGGAAACAUCCAAAAGGUAGCCCAAGGCGCAGGGAAAUACUCGCAGACAUUUCGAGCUCACUUACUGCUGGAUUAUGCCAAGCACCUGCUGAAGGGGCCGUUGCCUGUUGCUUCAGUUUACGGCCGUAUAGGUAUCGAAUGGCAGGACAUGUAUGGAGUGGCCGAGAUGCAGAUCUCGCUGAUGCACGACGUCUUCUACAGCAAGGCUGAGCUGAUCCACACUUGGCACGGGUACUGCAUUCGUGUCUUCUCGCUGCCGGCCACUGUCGCUGCACUCCUCUUGUUCCGUCGAUUCAAUGAGAAAGAUGGUUACAGAAGAGCCGAUGUGGCCGCCACCUACGUUUUGCUAGUUGGAGCUGUCGUCCUGGAGAUCAUAGCAGCGGUGAGGGCCAUGUUCUCCACCUGGACAUACGGCAAGUACAUCAGGGCAAGCCGUGAUGGUGUCGCUCGUCCAUUAGCUCGUCUGGCUUCUUGGUCUCAUGAGCUCGCAAGAUAUGCAAUGUGCAGAGGUACAGGUACUGCAAGGUACUGGUCUGGUUCCAUGGGACAACACAACUUUAUCAACAUGUGCAGCCACUGUAAGAACAGCCUAGGCAGCAAAAUUGCGAGAUGGAUCGGACGGGAGGACUGGUGGAACAUGCUGGUUUACACGUCCUCCAUCGCCGUCUCACCAGACAUCAUUGAGGUGCUCAAGAAAGUAUUGGAAAGUAAGGACGUCGACAAUGAGAGUCCCGAUCACAUCCGAAACUCACGAGGCCGGGCGGCGCUGAAGAGGAGGCCAGGAUUGUACGAGGAGCUGGGCUGGAGCGUGGACACCGAGCCGGAUCAGACCAUCCUCGUGUGGCACAUCGCCACCCAUGUCUACCUCAGCUGGUAUGAGGCGAAACAUUCACGCCGGCCGCACAGUCUUGCACAAGUCACCCAAGAGCUCUCCAACUACAUGAUUUUUCUGCUCGCGGCACGCCCCUACAUGCUCCCUGAUAAUGCUAGUCGCCAAUGGUACAUCGAACUAUGCAACAAGGUGAUCCAUGAGCUCGAAUAUGGCUCGGAAGCGGAUUUACUCACGUUAAUACGAGUCCAAGGAGAUACCACGCUCAGUUUUAGAGAACCACCUCAGCCUGCUGGAGUCCAAGGAGAUACCACGCUCAGUUUUAGAGAACCACCUCAGCCAUAUAAACCUGCUGAUAGAUUUGAAAGGAAUUUGACAUUUGACAGAGCAUGUCAGCUUGGCGCCAAGCUCAUCAGCAAAGACCAGGAAACACCCGAUGCCAACAUGCUGGAGCUGAUCAACCAAGUGUGGGUGGAGAUGCUUUAUUACGCGGCCUAUCGAUGCAGACCAGAUUCUCAUGUCAGACAGCUGAGCAACGGCGGCGAGAUCACCACCGUCGUUGCCCUUAUGUUGGAGUACACGAACUCCGGUUUCUUCCGCUCUAAUAAGGAAGGGAGUGACGGGCUGCCAGAUUUUUUCUUUCCAAUGCCAACGGCACCACCGGGCGCUUUCAGGCAGACGUAAUAAUGCGGCGCAAUUGUCUGAGUUACUAUAUGACAUUAUAUGGGUAUGUUGAAUGAAAAUUUGAG